AUGAGCGAGAAGGCCGCUGGUGUGCAGAUCAUCAGUGAAGUGCUCGCAAGGCAGAAUAAAGGGGAUGAGGAGGAGAAGCUGACAGAUGAUGAGGAGCCCAGAGUGUGUGGUGUCUGUGGAGAUCUGGCAAAUGGUUACCACUUCAAUGCCUUGACCUGCGAAGGCUGCAAGGGCUUCUUCAGACGUAACAUAAAGAGGUCAAACCAGCUCCGCUGUCCAUUCCUGAAUAAAUGUGUUAUAACGAAAAACAGCCGCCGGUCUUGUCAAGCCUGCCGCAUGCGCAAAUGUCAGGCCAUUGGCAUGCGCAAAGACAUGGUCAUGUCUGAUGAAAAGGUGCUGGAGAGGAGGGUCCAAAUCAAGAAGAAUAAGAUGCUUAACUCCCCAGUGGAGCUUUCAUCCCAACAAGAAAAACUUAUUCAGGAACUCCUCCUUGGUCACCGCAGCACAUUCGACUCAGCAUUUUCCCGCUUCAGCGGCUUCAGGCCUAUGGACCGAAACAUCCUUCCUGUGAAUACGCACAAGCAGACGGCAAGCAAGCUCUUUAACCCUCUGACCGAGUGCCCUAGAAAUACCUGCGCCACUGCGAGUAAAUCUACCACCGAGCCCACAUCAUCGCCAUCGGCCACCUCAUGCUCUUCAUCCUCCUCCUGUUUCCACAGUUCCAUUAAAAAACAAGAACACCACAUACGGAAUGACGUCGAAAACAGAUGUGUUUUCACUGCUCUUCCGCAUGUGGCCGACCUCACGACUUACAUGAUCCAGGACGUCAUUAGCUUUUCCAAAAGUCUCCAAGACUUCCGGUCUCUUGCCAUGGGAGACCAAAUAUCUCUGCUGAAGGGAGCCACGUUUGAAAUAAUGCAGAUCCGCUUUAACAUGGUGUUCAACUCAAAAACAAGUACAUGGGAAUGUGGCCAUAUUACAUACUGCAUAGAUGACGCUGUACGAGCGGGAUUUCAGGCACUCCUGCUGGAGCCUCUGUUCAGAUUUCACCACACCCUGCGCACACUGGGCCUACAGGAGGAAGAAUACGUUCUCAUGCAAGCCAUGUCUCUGUUUUCUCCAGACCGUCCAGGCGUGCAGCAGCACAGCUUGAUUGACAAAGUUCAUGAAAACUUGGCGCUGACGCUAAAAACCUGGAUUGACUGCAAGAGAACAGGUCCAGAGAAACACCUGCUGUAUCCCAAAGUGAUAGCCUGCUUUACAGAGAUGAGAACAAUGACAGAGGAAUACAGCAAACAGAUUCUACAGAUCCAGGACAUCCAGCCUGACACCAUCAGUCCUCUCAUAAUGGAGGUGGUCAGUAAAGGCUCCUAUAAUGACUUAUGA